GGCACUCCCUCAGGCCCAGGUCAGCCGCUGCGGUCGAUGUCGGUGAAGCCCCGCGGCGGCAACCGCGUCGCUCCCCGCCACCCUCGCUGGGAAGGGUCGGGGUGGGGGUCGGGAGUUGCCCCCGCCAUGCUCCGUGGACUGGCCCAGGCCGCGGGUUGGCGGCCCGUGGCCCUCUGGACGCGGGGGUCUGGGAGCGGGGCGGGGGUCCCGGCGCACGUGGUGGACCUGCGCAGCGACACGGUGACCAAGCCCGGGCCGGCCAUGAGGCGCGCCAUGGCCGAGGCGGUCGUGGGGGACGACGACUACGGCGAGGACCCCACCGUCCGCGAGCUGCAGGAAAAGGCCGCCAAGCUGCUGGGGGUGGACCAGACCUUGUUUGUGCCCACCAACACCAUGGCCAACCUCAUCUCUGUGAUGUGUCACUGCCAGCGCAGGGGCUCCCAGCUCCUCCUCGGGCAGGAGUGCCACCUCCACGUCUACGAGCAGGGCGGGGUGGCUCAGAUCGCUGGGGUGCACUCCCACCCCCUCCCAGAUCUGCCCCAUGGUACCUUGGACCUGGCUGAGCUGGAAAGGAUGGUCACACGGGGCCUCGGGAGCCCCUACCACCCGGUCUGUGAGCUCAUUUGUCUGGAGAACACCCAUAGCAGCUCGGGGGGCCGGGUCCUCCCCAUCGACUACCUACGCCAGGUGCACCUGCUGGCCCGGAGCUACGGUGUCCGGGUCCACCUGGAUGGGGCCCGACUGAUGAACGCCGCGGUAGCUCUGCAGGUGCCCCCCGCCCGCAUCGUGGAGCACUGUGACUCUGUGUCUCUCUGUUUCUCCAAGGGUCUGGGUGCACCAGCAGGGGCCUUGGUUGGGGGGCCCAAGGACUUCAUCGAAGAAGCCUGGCGCCUCCGGAAAGCCCUGGGUGGGGGGAUGCGCCAGUCCGGGGUGCUGGCUGCGGCUGCCCUAGUAGGAUUGGCAGACGUCGAGAAGGUGCUGCCAAGGGACCACCAGAACGCUUGGAGAUUCGCCAAAGGGCUCCAGGAGCUGGCGUCCCCCGUCUGCUCCGUGGACCUCGCCGCCGUGGAGACGAACAUGGUGAUGGUGAGGGUGGACGGGCUGCCGCCCGAGGAGCUCUGCCGACGUCUGCAGGCCGUGAGCGCAGAUGAGAUGGCCCAGACCGGCCACGCAGUGCGCGUGCUGCUGUUCCCCUGGAGCGAGCGGUCAGUGCGCGCCGUGUGGCACCGCGACGUCUCCGCGCAGGACACCGAGCUGGCACUGAAGAAGUGGGGGUUCGUGCUGAGGCAGCUGGGGCCCUGAGGAUGGGGUGACCGGACCCUGUGCCCCGGCUGGGAUCCAGGUGGGGAGUGGAGAUGUCCUGAGGGAGCAGGUGGCAGGAGAGGCAGCAAAACAACACCCCGUUAUCCCCUUGUCUCCUUGGACCCCUUUACUUCCCACACUCAGGGUGAAGCCUUCCACCUGCAUUCAUUCAGCAAGCCCUUGGCACUUCUUGUGUCCAGGACAGGGUGCCACGAGGGCAGACAGGUGGGACCCCAUCCCAGCCCCUCACCAAAGCCCAGGAAGCAGCCAGGGUAGGGCCUCUGCUCCCAGCACACAGAAAAGGAAACGCCCCGAGCCAUUUGCUCGGAGUCGCGCGCAGCUUAUGAGCGCCCAUGCUCAUGCUCGGGGACACAGGAGGAAGGGUGACAGGAGAUUAGAAAGGGACAGAGGGGCUGGAUGACAAGGAGCCCUAGCUGCCGUGUCAGGGGCUGGGGUUUAUCCUGUGGUCAUCUACAUAUUUUUUCCUUUUUUAAAAAUAAAUUU